AUGCCCUACAACUGCUCCACAAGGAACUUCUCGGCCAGGCCUAUUGGAGGACCCUGCACCAUUCCCGUGGCUCCAGCUGCCACAGCUUCUACUCAGGAAGUCGACUGCUUGAGUGGCAUCUGUUUGCCUAGUUCCUUCCAAACUGGCUCCUGGCUCCUGGAACACUGUGGUCAGGAGACCUGCUAUGAGCCUUCUGUGUGCCAGCCAACCUGCUACCCGCAAACUUCUUGUAUCUCUGGUCCUGGACCGAUGACUUACUCGCGACAGACCACCUGUGUCUCCAAUCCCUGCUCAACUCCCUGCAGCCGGCCACUCACCUUUGUCUCCAGUGGCUCUCAGCCCCUGGGCGGCAUCUCUACUGUGUGCCAACCAGUGGGAGGAGUCUCCACUGUGUGCCAACCAGUGGGAGGAGUCUCCACUGUGUGCCAACCAGUGGGAGGUGUCUCCACCAUCUGCCAGCCCACCUGUGGUGUCUCCAGGACCUACCAGCGGCCUGGCAUAUCCAGCUGCCGAAGAACUUGCUAA